AUUUGUGAUUCGAUAUUUCGAUUAGAAACUGUAACUACUAAAAUUGAAAUUUGUUGUUGAACCGUCGAAUCGGUUGAAAAGCAAUCGGUCGGACCGAACCAAAAUCUGUACGAUUUUCAAAAAUUUUCCCUAACCAAACUGCAGCACCCUCGCGGCCUCACUCACAAACUCCUCCUUCCAGCCCCUUCCUGAUUGAGAAAAGCAACCUCCAACGGCAACCCUAGCCUCCACUCACUCACUCACCCACUCUUAACCAGUUAACCCUAAAGGCCUCCCCAGUCCCGCGAUUCAUCAACUCAUCAUCAACACUCCUCAGCCAGCCACCACUAGCUGCAGCAGGCAGCAGCUCCUACCAUCGCCGAACUCCUCUCCUCGGCCAGAGCUCGCCGUCGCCACUGGAUUUGUGACUGAUAGAGAGUGCCGUCGCUGAACGUCUCUGCCCCUCACCCUCUUCUCCUCGCGGUGGAAUCUCUGCUCGGAGCUCUUCUCGUUGCCGUCGCGAACUGCUCCUGCUCGGCUGUCGUCUCCUCGCCGUAACGAGCUCUGUUCUCGGCGUCUCUCUCUUCAAGAUCUCUUUCUAUCUCUACGAGGUCAUUGUCAGCGCCGUGUUACUCCGAGCUCACUCUGUCACCGCCGUUCCUCCCUCGGCGUCUCACCAUUAUUGUUGGCAUGGAGUUUUCUAGUUGUUGCGGUUGGUUCUGUUGUUGGCGAAUUUGUGUUGCUGCUUCAUUAUAAUUACUAAUUUGGUCGCCGUCUCAGACCGAAGAAAACCCUUCUACACUCCAAUCUCUUUCCUUCGAGUUCAGAGAUCAGAAGCUCAACCAAGAGAAAAAUCCUAGCCUCCACCACCGCCGCAGGGAGCAGCCGUGUUUGCCACCGUCCGCUGCAGUCAGGGCUUGUCUCUUUGAGCUUCGUCCGCCACAUUAUUUCAGUUGAACAACGGUUGAACCGGUUGAACUUCUAAACUAAUGAACCAGUAGCUCGAGCGGUUUGAUGAUCGGUUUGGUUUUCAGAUCCUUGAUUGUACUUGUGAGUUGUGACUGCCACAGUUUCGGAGUCCUCUUCACUGUUUCUCUGAGGCCACUGCUAACCACUUAGAACCGCCACCGAAACAAUCAUGCUCUCCAUUGCAACCCUCAACCCUUCAACCCCAUUCAAUCACUCCCCAAGUUAUACUGUAUGUUGUAUCCUCAACCGUCACUCUCUCCUCCCAUCCACAUUCUCACUACCAUCCAAAUCGAAUCCAUAUUGCUCUUCCUCCACCAACAGACCCCUCCGCGUGCGUGCUAUUGACGCCGUUCAGCUCUUCGACUACGAGUCAAAGCUCGCCAAGGAGUUCACUAUCUCCCAGCGCCUCAAGAUCGCAAUUGUCGGCUUCGGCAACUUCGGUCAGUUCCUUGCUACCACAUUAGUCCGCCAGGGCCACACUGUCCUCGCCCACUCCCGCUCCGACCACUCUGCCGCAGCCAAAAAGCUUGGUGUAUUGUUCUUCCAAAACCCCGAUGACUUAUGCGAGGAGCAUCCCGAAGUGAUCCUCCUCUGCUCCUCCAUAAUCUCAACGGAGCGCGUGCUCCUCACGCUCCCUCUCCAGCGCCUCAAGCGCAACACUCUCUUCGUUGAUGUCCUCUCCGUCAAAGAAUUCCCCAAGAAGCUCCUCCUUGAGCUCCUCCCCUCCGAUUUCGACAUCCUCUGCACUCACCCGAUGUUCGGACCUGAGUCCGCACCUGACAGAUGGAUCGGCCUCCCAUUCGUCUUCGAGAAGGUUCGUAUCCUCGACGAGGAGCACCGUGUUUCUCGCUGUGAGAAGUUCCUCAAUGUGUUUGCCAGAGAAGGUUGCAGGAUGGUGGAGAUGAGUUGCGAGGAUCAUGAUCGUUAUGCUGCCGGUUCGCAGUUCAUUACUCAUACCGUUGGAAGGAUUCUUGAAGGGUUGAUGUUGGAGUCGACGCCGAUUAAUACGAAAGGGUACGAGAGUUUGUUGGGGUUGGUGGAGAACACUGCUGGGGAUAGCUUUGAUUUGUAUUAUGGUUUGUUCAUGUUUAAUAAGAAUUCUUUGGAGAUGCUGGAGAAGCUUGAUUUGGCGUUUGAGGAUCUCAGGAAGCAGCUCAUUGCGCGGUUGCAUCAUGUGGUCAGGAAUCAGUUGAUGGAGGAUGGUGAAAGGUUGCAGCAGCUAGAUGGAAGUAACAGCCAUGCACUGCUCCAGCGAGCUCGUAAUGGAUCUGCAUUGCUGCAUUCCAGAUCCAAUGAUGUUACUCUGCUAAGUAGUUCCGUUUCAAACAAUUCUAGCCCGUCUGAUGAGAACACAAAGCUCAAGAUUGCAAUCGUUGGUUUUGGAAACUUUGGUCAGUUUCUUGCAAAAACUAUAGUUAGUCAAGGUCAUGAGGUUUUGGCGUAUUCUAGAACAGACUAUUCUGAUGUGGCUCGGGAGUUGGGGGUUUCAUAUUUCAGCAACGCAGAUGAUCUUUGUGAGCAACAUCCAGAAGUGAUCUUACUCUGCACUUCCAUCCUUUCGACGGUUAAAGUUCUUAAAUCAUUACCUUUCCAAAGGUUGAAGAGAAGUACAUUGUUUGUUGAUGUACUAUCCGUCAAAGAGUUCCCUAGAAACCUCUUCCUUCAACACUUGCCUCCUGAUUUUGAUGUUCUCUGCACACAUCCCAUGUUUGGGCCGGAGAGUGGAAAGAAUGGCUGGAAAAACCUUCCUCUUGUUUAUGACAAAGUUAGAAUUGGGAACGAAGAAUCAAGAAUAUUGCGAUGUUGUCAGUUUCUUGACAUUUUUGCUAGUGAAGGAUGCCGGAUGGUUGAAAUGUCUUGUGCUGAACACGAUUGGUAUGCAGCUGGAUCCCAGUUUAUUACACACACAACAGGAAGAUUUUUAGAAAAACUGGGGUUAGAGACAACACCAAUAAACACAAAGGGUUAUGAAACUUUGUUGAGUUUGGUGGAAAAUACCGUGGAGGAUAGUUUUGAUCUGUACUAUGGUUUAUUCUUGUAUAAUUUAAAUGCCAUGGAGCAACUAGAAAGAUUCGAUUUGGCUUUUGAAUCAUUGAAGAAGCAACUUUUCGGACGAUUGCAUAGUAUCUACCGAAAGCAUCUAUUUGAAAAUGAACAACAAAUCCUUGCUUUGCCAGAGAGGUCUACGCUGCCACAGAAAUCUGAAGACAGUGAUGCAUCAUCACCUCUUUCAAAAACUGUAGACAGCAAAUGAAUUUAUGCCAAAGAUUUCCAUUCUCAUUUGUAAGCAUUUCAGGCCCCAAUUAUUCUAAUAGUAGGUUUAAAUAAAUUUGUUAAUUCUAAAAUUUCACAUUCAAUAAUUCUCGGAGUUUGGCUGUUCUGUCCCAUUGAAAAUAAAAGAAAAAUGUUGUAAUUCUCAAUAUAUUUUAACUCCCCUAUAUUUCUUA